GAAAAAUACGAGUCCUCUUUGAAGAUGGCCUAGGACUGGUGGACUUUCACUUGUCAAACCGUUGUUGUGUGAUCUAUAUUUCGGAAGCAGACUUGGUUGUCGGUAGCAGUUAUAAGAGGAAACUUGUUCGCUUUAGAAAUGCUAGUAAUCUUCGUGGAAUUGUAGUGGUAGAAAAAACAAGGAUGUCUGAGCAGUAUUUUCCAUCUGUACAAAAGUUUGUCUUACUGGAGCUAGGCAUGGCAUUAAUUCCUGUGGCUGACCAAGGUGAAGCAUCACAGCUUAUUAUUCAGCUUGUUCAUGAGGAAAGCAAGGAGCGUGAUCACAAUCCAUUUCUGCGCAGAAAUCGCUUGCAUUUAGCUGAACCUUCUGUUCUAAAUACAAUUCAGCAGAUUCCAGGUGUUGGAAAAAUUAAAGCUUUAUCACUUCUGCAGGAAUUCCCUAGUAUCCAUCACUUGGGCAAUGCCACCACAGAAGAACUGAGUGCAGUUGUGGGACAUACUGUUGCACAACAAAUUAGAGCAUUUUUCUCUUAAACCAGAUGUUUAUUGUAUGACUACCAAAAUAUACUGAUUUGAAAUGC